AUGGCAGAGGAAAUAACUGAGAUUUUGCAAAAAUUUGCUUUAUCUACAAAAGAACUGGGUGGUACAGAACUAGAAUUGGGGGAUGUUAGUCCCAGUGUUAAGGAAUGUGAGGAAAGCCUGGUGGGGAAGAUAAAAGGUGAAAAGGUAAUCAACUUUGUGGGAGUUAAAAAUUUUGUAACUCUGGCAUGGGGUUAUCCCAAAGGCCUACGGGUGGUGGAGGUAGGAGUCAAUACCUUUCAGUUUUUCAUGGCCAAUGUGAAGGAUAGGGAACGGAUUUGUACAAGGGGUCCGUGGGUUAUUGAUAGCCAGAUACUCGUCAUCAGACCGUGGUUUGACGGAUUUGAAGAGAAUGAAGUGGAAUUUAAUAUAGCCCCAUUAUGGAUUCAAGUUUGGAACCUCCCAGUGCACUGGAUAUCAAAGGAGGUGGGAAAGAAAAUAGCUUCAGUUUUCCAUGGAACAAAAGAAGUGAUCAUACCCCAAGGAGGGGGUAAAGAAGGUAGACACAUUAAAAUUCUGGUUUUGGCAGAUAUCUCUGAACCUCUCAUGAGGGGUACUACGGUUAAACUGGAAGGGAAAGUGAAAUGGCUAAGCUUCAAGUAUGAAAGAUGCCCUGAUUUCUGCUACACUUGUGGCAAAAUAGGACACAGUGAAAGAAAUUGCUCAGAUGGAAUACAAUUGGGAAAAGGUCACCAGGAUAACCAAUUUGGACCAUGGCUCGGAGCUGGGGGGGAAAAUCAUCACCGCAAAAAGAAUCAAGAGGUCCACAACCUGCAUCUAUAUCUCCUAGCAAGCAAAGGUGGGGAUUUAAGGAUGGAGAACUUAUUCCAAAACCAAAUGGAAGGGAGUUAG